UCAGAAUCUAAUGUCUAAACGCGACCGGCAGGAGGAUGGAGGCGACAGGCCGCCUAAGCGCGCGCGGUCUGAGCAUCAGCCCGCUCAAGUCUUCGAAGUAACGUACGCGCGAGACCUCCAGCGGUAUCUGGUCUUCCGCCAAGAUGGAGAACAGCAACAACUACUGAACGGCAUCGCCUCUUUCAAGGCAUUUCUUGAGAGUAUCCUGUAUCACAAGGAAGAAGACAAUCGAGGACGGCAGAUAUCGAUACUGCGAGAAUAUCUGGACACACAGAAGCCUAGCGAUCCCAAGGAUACCGAGCACCCAUUUCUUGCACAACUAUGGCAAGCCUGGUCUUUUGCCAACCAGAACAACAAAGAUCAUCUGGCAUCCACUGUCUGCGCAGUGUUGUCGCUAUUGCUCAAGACCCUCUCUGGAAUCUUGGACCUGCGAGAAUACGGACUGCUACUGUGCCGGACAGUCCUGCAGCACCAGCAUCUUCGUCUCAUCAAGCGCUGUCUUGAUGGUCCCAAGCACAAGGACUUCAUCAUCUCCCCAUCUUUGCGACUGCUCAUAGAAGUCACCAGCUUCGACGGAGGUGUACUGGCCCGAGAAGUGUACAAGCGCCGCGAGCAAACAUUCGACACCAGCACGAUUCGCCGCAAUCUCGGGCUCGUCAAAUUUGAUGUCUCGGAGGAGGACGCUCGCAAGAGGCCAUCUAUCCGCAUUCUCACAGUGCGAUAUCUCUUGGUUUUGUUCAAGCACUUGCACGAGGGUGGCAAGAUUGACAUCCUGAACAGCAAGCCACUUUGCAGCGCGCUGUUCCAGUUCGUACAAGCAGAUCCCACCGAUCUGGUCAUCGAGCUGUUAUCUACAGUGGAGCAGAACAUUCUCAAGGAUGAAAAUGUACCUCGGACGUCCAAAGCUGCUAUGUUGACAUCGCAAAAUCUGGAGAAGGUGACUUCAGUUGCCACUCGUAGUCUCGAAGAGCAUGCUGCGGCCGACCGCGCCUUCGACUGGCUGAAGGCUGUAUGCAGCAAAGAAGCUUAUGGAGUGCUGAGAAAGGCCGGCUGGUACCCUGCUGGAACUACAGAGCCACGCUCGAAGCAGUCUGAGGACAACAUCGACCUCGGACUGGACAGUCUGGAGUUCUACGAUGACGGCGAACCCAUCAACGUUCGUAACAGUAUCUUACUGUCGUACAUUGCCACUUUGCGUGCUCAUGCUGACGAGCGAGAACGGGAACUGCUCUUGACGUGCUUCCGGUCUGCUCCAGAACUGGUUGCGGCAUACUUUUACAACAGUAAACUGCAGCUCGACCCGAAACUUUCCAAUACCUGGAUUGGAUAUGCUUCGCUGAUGUCUGAGGUGGUGCGCCUCGAUGUGCCUCACAUUGUUGGCGAAGAAGGAGAAGCACCACUGGUUCCGCCACAGACGAAGAUCAUGAUUGAGAACAUCUUGCCACAGCCGCUCACAUUGCAAGUCCUCAAUCGCUGUCUAAGUCAAAAUGAGGAACUCAUCGCCUUCUUCGCCGUCCGCAUCCUGAUUGCUGCUUUACAGAAAUUGGAAGCUGUCCUUGUGCAGCUACGAAAGCACAGCAAGAGCCAGCUAUGGGAGCAGGCCAGUGAACGACUGGUACAACGCUUCGUCGAACGAGCGCCCAAGCUGAAAGAUGUGUUCUCUGUCUUUCGGAAGAUGUCGGACAAUCAUUCGCAUGCCCUGCAAAGAGAGUCCAUCACCAGACUGAUGCGCUUGUACUACGAAGUGAUUCCUGUUCAAGCGCUCGAGGACCCUGUGGAUAUAUCCAAUGCCUUGACAGAAUCGCUGCUGCACAGCGAGGAGCCUGAUGUCAAUACAAAUGAUGAGACUGGAGGUCUACGGGCGCUGGAGCUUGAGCAUCUACUCACCGUCGCGCGACACAGUACUGGCAUGCGUUGGUUCCAUAAGCAAGGUGGCCUAAAAUACACUCCUGUUGUCACACUGCUGCGUAUACAUCGGAGGGAGGUGACCAACUCGCAGAUCCGCCUACUGCUCGAAAGCGUGCUCACCGAGAACGGCAUUUUGAACGCAAUUGAUGAUGUUCAACAGUCGUCGCCUUUUGAUGCUCUGGUCGCGAGCGUUACAGCACUUUCCGAUGACAGCACUGCGUGGGACUUCAUCGACGACUGCAUCGGACGUGCAACACGGAAGCCGGUCAAAUACGUCGAUGAUCUUGAAGCCCUUGAUACUUCUGACGCAACAUUGCCAAGCAUCCUUGCGGCCGUCGUGCUUGAGCAGGCUUCAUUCGUGACCGCAAAAGACUCCGAGCAAGGCAAAGCAGAGGCACAAUGGAUUGUCCAGUUCUUGAGCUUGCUACAGCUUACCUCGGACGGCAAUGCAAAACUCGCCGAGGUCUCAAAGAGAUGCAUGAAGGUGCUGGCCAAGCUGGCGAAACCUGACAAAGCUCAUGCUUCUCAGGCUUUGCAGACACUAAAGGGUGCGUUGCCAAUGGAGACUUCUACAGCGAAUGCGGAAGAGGCAAUCGAAAACCCACAAGCUCCAGCUCUAGCCUUCGAUCCACCACCAGCUGAGCGAGAGAACCACACCGAACUCUUCCGCUGGGCUCAAAAGGACAUGGACCUCGCAAUCGAAGACGGCGAUAUCUCAGCCUUGAUCCUUUGCCUCUGCUCCAGACACAACGAUGUCCGCAGACAAGCCCUCACCCAACUGAACAAAGUCAAACUCCAACUGCGACCAUCCUCCAUCGACCCCGAAACAAUUGCCGACGACCACACGCACAUCUCCCUUCUGAUCGGCGAACUCACCGAAACCUUCGAACUCCACUACCUGCCUUUCGACAAGCCUCUUCCUUACUUGGCAGGUACUUUCGCCUCCCGUGCCCUAAGCAUCCAAACUCAUCCUUCUCAUUACCUCUACGCCAAACUGAACCACUUCCUCAUCCGAGGCGCGAAAUGGGACGUCAAACGUCUUCCUCGAUACUGGAUCGAGAAGACUUUCCUUGCCGAACCUGAUGAUGACGAUGCUUACUGGAAAGAAGUGCAAUGGGUGCUAGACUGGCUCGUCGAUGGCAUUCGCACUUCUGCGGACCUCGAGAUUCUGAGAAAAGGCGAUCAGAAGAAAGAUGCGACGAAGAAGCCGGAAGUGAUGGAGAUGGUUUUGGCGUUGUGGGGAAGUACUGGGGCGAAGAGGAAUCGGCUUGUGAGAGAGAGGAUUGCGGAAUUGGUGUACAGGAUUAGUUGUGUGGAUGAUGGCUCAGAUGUUUUGAUUACGAGGAGUGGAGGGCUGAGCUGGUUGAAGAUGGCGAAGAAAGAGGAUGGGAAUGACAUGAUAGAAGCAUUGAAGGAGAGGAUUGGAGAGAUGUGUGAUGGAGAGAGGAUACAGAACUGGAAAGGUCUCAAAAUGGUGGAAGCUUAGUCUGCCAUUGAAGGUGGUUUUGCAGCAGAAAUUUUGACCCCAUAGUUGUCAGAGCGAGUGAUGUACUCGGUGAUGUGCAAAGCAAUAUCUCAUUAGAAGGGCGACUCCAAUCCAUAAUGCUGAUCAAUGUCAAACCACUCCAAG